UUCACUUGAGAUGGAUAACCAAUGAACGUGCUGGAUACAGUUUCUCCAGUUCUAAACCUGAAAUACAGAACGCAUGAGCCAAACCCGAGUGACGUAUGUAACCUCCGCAAAAUUUCCCAGGGAUUUUACCAGCUACUUCAGGGAAACUGAAGCGACUAGUCGCGCUCAACGCUUGCCAUUCGUUAGAGUACGUCAGGUGGUUGUUUGUGUUGCGGGACGACGAGUUUCGAACGCAAACAAAUUACAUCUCUCGAAAUAAAAAAUGAGUGGAGUGGACAGUAUUUUGAACUUUACGAGGAGUGGAGAUGAAGAUUAUUAUGCGAUCUUAGGAUGUGACGAAUCUGCGACUGAGGAGCAAAUCAAUGCAGAGUACAAAGCAAAAGCACUUCUGUUCCAUCCAGACAAGAAUGAAGGUGACAAAGAAGCAGAAGCAAAAUUCCAACAGCUGAAAGAAGCGAAAGAAAUACUUUGCGACCCUGAAAAGAGGAGCAACUACGACAAGUGGCGAAACAGUGGAAUAGCAAUAAGUUAUAAGCAAUGGGUUGGCAUGAAGGAACAUGUACAUUCGUCGAUGCACUGGUCGACCCUGAAGACGAAGGACCGCAUGCUGCCAGAGACGGCUGGCGCGGGGGGGAGCACCUUGCUCGGGGGCGGAGGGGCCCCGGGAGCCCACCGCCGCGCCUCGGAGGGAGGGGCCAACAUCCACUGGGGGGCCCGGCGGGACGUCAAGUGGGACUCCGACGCAUCCAGCGAGGUCGUCAGCAAGUUCCGCAACUAUGAGAUCUAAUGCCCUCCUCUCCCUGGCACGUCUUCGCGGAGCGAGAAUAUACCAGCCCCAUGCCACCUGGACUACAGCAGUAGUAGCGGCGGCGACCAACCGUAAUGCUUCGUGCAAAGCAGCCAUCUUGAUUCUAAAUUUUUGACUUGGAAUCAUUUUUCAAACCAAGCAUGUGGAAAUUCACGCAACAUAUCAGCUUAAACUAAAUUACAAAUUCUUCUCUAAUAGUUCCUACUAAAAAAUUAAUACAAUAUUUUGGAAAGGAAAUUUUUUAAUGGAAAAUAAGAAUUAAUUUUUAUUUUAUUUGUAUACAUAUGUAUUUAUGAAUCUUGCCUGUACUAGCUCCUACUGCAGCGAUAUAAGUAUAUUCAGUAAAGGGACUAAAUUUGUUGUUUGUGGCAUUUAUAGUUAGAAAGAAAUGUUUCAAGAAAAUCUAUGCUGCAACUCACAAAAUAAUUUGUCAAGGUCAGUGGUAUCAUGUUAGGGAAUUUUGCUGGAUUAAUCGCGGGGCCCUGUUAGUUGUGUAGAUUGUUGUGAAACAUAUGUAGUAGUUAAUUUUAUUAGUGGAUGAGUUCAAAGUGUUUUAUUGAACACUGUAGUUAUAUCAGCAAAAAAAAAUUGUUUUUUUCAACCCAUAAAAAUAAUCAAGUUGGUGAAAAAUUACAGUUUAGUAAGACAUUCUGAAAUUCAUGUUAUUGUCAAAAACUUACUAUACAGUGUACCUACUUGUUUAUUGAUUGAUAAAUUUCUUAUUACAAAUUAGAGGUGUUACACUAUAAUUUAAAUGUUAUAUAAAAAAAUUCAGAACUUGUACCAAAAUUAUGUGAACUAAUAUGUUUCACCCCAUCAGCUGAAGAGGGACCGAAAAUGAUGUAUAAUUUUAAAAAUACAUAUUCUUCUUUUAUAUUGCACUUCUGGUAUAUUCUUGCUCAGUGUAAAAAACUUAAAAAACAAGAAAUAUACAUUCUUUGUUACCCUAUAGUUACACACUAGGAACUUUAAAAUUAAGUGUAAAUAAGGUAGAAAUAUCUUGAUGUGAAAUUAUAGUUUGUGUGUGCAUAUUCAGUGAGUCGUAUCUGAAACAGGACAAUAGUUUAGUGCAUAAAUUCAUUGUUUCCCAUUACAAGAUGUUGCAUUUAAGAAUGUAAAAAUCUUUCCAAAAAAAUUGAUAAACCAUAAUUGGCAAAAAAUAUAUGGAAGAAGUGUGCCCUUUACUUUUAAUUGUUUAAGAUCUUAAAAGAUAAUGUACAGAAAUACUGCAGUAUGAUAAAUUAAUUAUGGGUAAUAUUUGAUUGUUUACUGUAUACUAUUCUAAAAAUUUUUGUUGGCAAUGCAGUCUACAUUUUCACAAAGUAAUUUAAUGCUGUCUACAAUCUGACAUUCUGUGUUGUAUGAAUUAAUUGGAAAAACAUUAAAAUUUUGUUAUUUAUAUUAUUAGUAUCUUUUACAUGAUAAUACGCAGAGGGUGUAUACUUGUACGAGGAUGGUGAUGAAUAGUGAUUAAUUAAAUAUUGGCCAUUACUGUUAUUGAAAAGAGGCAGGCAAUUUUAUUCAGAAAUAAUUUUCAUGUAAACUCUUUAUAAAUUUUGACUCGACAGUUUGAUAACCAAAAGAGUGCAAGUAUGUAAAAACAAAAGUUCAUGAUUUUAAAUAUUUUAUUUACAAUAUUCACAGAAACAUAAAAUAAGCUUUGAUUAUGUUGCAUUUCUUGUUGAGCUGAACUGUAGUCCACUAAUGGAAUGGUAAAUAUUUUCAAUUCACACGGCUAGGCAACACAAAUUUAUAUUUUUAGCAAUAUGUACUUUGCAAAUCAUAGUAAAAGUUUUAUUGGAUUCUCCUUCAUACAGGAAAGAUUUUUUUCCUUUCAAUAAUUUCACUUGUUGCAAGCAAAAUGCGUUGGUUCAAACUUAAACAUUUUCUUCUCACUGUUUCUAAUCUUUUUCACUCAGGUACAUUAAAGGGUAACUAAGUUUCAUCGUCAUCACAUGCCAUACUUUAAGCAAAUGGCAAAUGCACCAGGGACCAAUAUCUGAUAACUCUACUAUCAACAAUAUUGUUGAUUGUAUAUAUGUGUGGUUUGUGAUUCCAGGUGUUGAACAGUUCAACUUUCUUCAUCCAAAAUAACAUACUGCCAUUAUUGAGAUCUCACAUUUUUUUUUUUUUCCGAUAACUACAGGGGGAAUUGCUAGGUUUUUCAAUGAAAAUUCUUCCCCCCCCCCCCCCCCCCCCCUUUAUUUAUUAAGGAUUAUCUGCAGAAAUUUAAAAAAAAAUUAUUUUAGGUAACUACAUACUGUAAUUUUUUUUUGACUAAAUAAAGUUUGCUACCAACUUAUUAAAAUAAAAUAGGUUAGUUAUUCAACUUUAUUUCCAAGCUAUUUUUUUAGGUGUUUCAUAUUAAAUUAUUUUACUCCUACCAUCAGUUGAACCAUUUGUUCCAAAAGUCUAACAUGUUCACUAUGGUGUCAUUAAUUUAACAUAAAUCUCUUUAAGUUGUAGCUCUGCUUUUACCAAGUACAGCUAACAAUCAGUUAAUUAGGUACUACUUUCAAAAUUUUGUGGACUUUAAAAUGAGGAAUGGAGAGUAAUUAAAAGGAGAGUAAUUAAAAGGAGAGGGACUAAUUACAUCAAGUAUAUUUUUACCUUUUUGUUGUGUAGGAGUUUGUAUGUCAGUUUACACUGUAACUUAAAUACAAAGAUAUUGAUGUUCAUUUUUUUAAUGUGCAUUAAUAUGUAGCCAUAGCACUCAUGUUGUUUAUGAUGUACUAUGAAUUAUGUGUUUUGAAUUUAGAUGUACCACUCGCACCUUAGACAAUCGAUAAGUGUUUUUGCCAUUGAGUGCACGUCGUGUCUAUUUUGUAAAUAUGUAACUAUAACUUGGCGAUACGUAAUGGUACCAAUGACAUGGACUUUUAAUUCCGUCUUCCUCGAAAAUAUGCUGUGUGCUAUUGCUCUAAAUGACAUUCCAAUUUUAUUGUACAUCAGAAACUAUACAUACAUAUAUAUGUAAAUAUUUUUGAUGUUUCCUAUUUAUGAAUACAAAUAUUUUAUACUUUGUGCUGUAUACAUUUUUGAUGUUAUUAAGAUGGGCCAAUUCUGCGAAUUUUAAUUGGUAAAACUAGUUUACAGUUUGUUUAUUAAGUUUACACACUUUGUUUAUGAGAAAUGUAUCUGCAGAGUAUUUUUUUUGUUUAUACAUACAAACCAUAAGUGGUAAAUGUAGGAAUUAUUUCUGACUGAUUUUGUGUAGUCAUUGUUAUGAUCUGGAUUAUAGUGGAUUAUGAACUGGAAAACAGUAACGACAAGUCUCUUGGGAGGCCAUAUUGCCAACUGCUUUAAUUCCGGAAGUGCAUAGAUACAUGCACUAAACACAUAGAUACAUAACAUCUCCUCUCUCAAAAUAUAAAGUUAGAACAGACAUGUCUUUAUAUCAAAGUGCAGUUUAGUGCACCUUUAGGAUGCUAAUAAUUAAUCCACACAUUUAAAACAAUACAGUUAUUAACACACAAGGUUUACAAAAUGGUAACAAAUUCUUUAUAUUUUACACACAUAGUCUUUUAAAUAAUUUGGUAACUUCACAGUUCGCCCUGAACUUGACUUAACUACUCUCUCCCCAUUUUGAACAAAAUUCCUUUGUGUAUCAUGUACAUUAUUGCCUAGCCUAUGUCUUUCUUCAAAUCCUCUAAACCCUUCUUGUGAAUUAUCAUCACCAUCCUUUACUAAUUCACAUGAGAGUUGUUCAUGCACAGGUGGGGUUUUUGAUUCAUAUUUAUCAACUGUUUGAGUGUCUCCACUAGGUUCUUCUAUGUCACCUGCAAUGACCAGAGGCUGAUUUAUGCUAUCCCUGAUUAUAUCUUUUCGAUUCCUUUCUACCUCAUGACCAGUGUCAACCCUUACGCGAUACGACCGUGGUCUGUCCAAGAGUUUCACAAUCUGUCCACUUUGCCAUGAAUUCCUGUUCCUAACUUUUACUAGACUCCCUUCCUUAAGAGGUUUCAGCACCCUCGAGUGGUAGUCGUAAUAGUGUUUUUGUUUUUGUUGUCUAGCAUACAAAUCCUGCACUAUGUUAGGCUGUAUUUGAGGAAUAAAUCUGUCAGCUGUAGAGGGUAGCAAGCCUCUUAGGCGUCUGCUAAAUAACAGCUGGGCCGGUGAAGGCAUUGUGGUGUCAAUUGGUGUAUUACGAUACUCCAAAAGAGCUAGCAUGAUGUCCUUGCGAUCAGCAACAGACUUUUUUAACAUGUGUUUGAUAGUUUGUAUAUGGCGUUCUGCUAGUCCGUUGGACUGCGGGUACAUAGGGCUCGAGGUUUUAUGUUUAAAAUCCCAACGCAUGGAAAAAUCCUUGAACUCUCUAGAGGAAAAUUGAGGACCAUUGUCACUGUAGAGAAUUUCCGGAAUACCGUGUCUAGCCAUUACAGCUUUACAGUGUGCAAUUACUUGAGUUGAUGAGAGGUUUGGAAGGUGGCUAAAUUCAGGGUAUUUCGAGUAUGUAUCAACUAGCAAGAGAUAAUCUUUGCCCUGGAAGUGAAAUAUGUCAAUAGCUACUAUCUGCCAGGGUCUGCCUGGAAUUUCUUUAUCAAUUUGGGGUUCUUUAGUAUUAGCAUGCUGUGCUGCCCUGCAUGUAGUACAAUUGCCUACUCUGUUUUCUAUGUCUCUUGACAUGCCAGGCCAAAAAACACAUUCACGAGCCCGUAGCUUACAUUUUUGAAUCCCUAAGUGAGUGUAAUGAAUUUUAUCUAGCAAAGCCCCUCUCAUGGAUGUGGGAAUUACGAUUUGGGUUCCUUUGUAUAUUAGGUCAUCCUGUAUAGUCAAAUCUUCCUUAAAUGAAUAAUAUUCUUUUACGCAGGACGGCAGUUUUUUACUUGUAUUAGGCCAACCCUUUAAGAUGACUGCUUUGAGUUGGAUCAAUGUUUCAUCCUUAAGUGUUUCAGACUGAAGGUUUCCCAAAGUUUUGUUAGAUGCUUGUAUGUGGUGUACAACCAAGCCUUGUUGAGCUGCAAUCUCUUGUUCAUGCAGUUCAAAGUUUGUAUCUGGGCCACUAGCUCUAGACAAGGCAUCAGCUAUUGCUAAUUCUUUACCUGGAACAUAUUUCAGGGUAAUGUCAUAAUUUUGUAACUUGAUUCUCAUGCGCUGUAAUCGUAAUGGGCACCUAUCCAAGGGUUUUUUAAAUAUUGCCUCCAAUGGCUUAUGAUCUGUCUCAACAAGAACAGUACGCCCAAAAAUGUAUUGGUGAAAACGCUCACAGCCGUAAACUACCGCUAGCAGUUCUUUUUCAAUCUGUGCAUAGUUCUGCUGGGUCUGUGUCAAUGAUUUUGAUGCAUAUGCCACUGGACCCUUAGACUGUAACAGAACUGCUCCCAAACCCUUUUGGGAUGCAUCAACUGAAAUGGUUAUAGGCUCAUGAGGGUUAUAAAACUGUAAUACAGGUGUAGUGGCUAACAAAAUUUUCACUUUUUCAAAAGCAUUUUGAUGUCGUUCUGACCACUGCCAGAUAGCCCCUUGUUUGCACAAUUCCCUUAAUAAGGCAGUGUGUUCAGACAGAUUGGGAACAAAUUUUCCAAGGUAAGUUAUCAUCCCGAGAAACCUUUGCAAGUCACUCACUCCCUUGGGUUCCAAAAAGUCAGUUAUGGCUUGAACUUUACUCGGGUCAACUUUUAUUCCUUCUUUGCCGAAGAUAUGUCCUAUGUAUUUGACCUCGCUUAGGCGAAACCUACAUUUAUCCCAGUUAAAUGUUACAUUUUUUUUUAAUGCCCUUUGAAGGACCCUUUCCAACCUCUGAUCAUGUUCAUGUUGGUCCUUACCAAAAACAAUGAUGUCAUCAAUAUAAACUUGUACCCCAUCAAUGUCCUGAAACAAUGUGCUAAAAACUUUGAAGAAAAUUUCUGACGCACAAGACAGUCCAUAGGGUAGGCGUGUGAACCUAAGCCGUCCCUGUGAUGGUGAGUGAAAGGUAGUCAGCUUUGAGCUUUCCUCAGUAAGCUGUAUCUGCCAAAAACCUUUAUUGGCGUCUAAAGUGCUAAAGUACUGUGAUCCUUGCAUUUUGAGAGUGACCUCCUCUAGUGUUGGUAAUCUACAGUGUUCUCUUAAGAUUGCAUUGUUUAAUGGUUGAGGGUCUAAACAAACUCUCAAUUCCCCAGAAGGCUUCUUUACGACAACAAUAGGGUUCAACCAUUCAGUUGGUUCAUCCACCUUGAUUAUUACCCCUAGUUUUAUCAUUCGAUCCAGCUCUUCUUGCAGCUGGUCAUGUAGAGAAAAGGGUAUUCUUUGAAAAGAAACUGUCGGUGGUGCACUAUCUGGUUUUAGCACAAACUGAUGUGGUUCCACCCUAAUGUUGCCUAAGCCUUCAAAAACAGCCUUAUAUUGAGACAACAUUUUGUGCAUUUGCGGUUCCUGUCUCGCAUCCACCGUGUCUACUCUCUUAAGUAUUCCAAGUUGCUGAAUGCCAGGUAACCCUAUUAUAGGUGUAGAGUGAUCAACUUUUGUCACCUGAAAUUCUAAUUUGUGCGAGGUCCCUAAGUUAGUCCUACAGUCAAGAAAACACUUUCCUAAGAGUUGUAUUUCUGACCCCGAAUAGGUUCUGAGUGCCACCUGGGACUUUAACAAUGCAGUAUUAGUUAACUUCAAUUUUAAGAAAACACUUUCAGGAAGUACAUUAACUUGUGCCCCUGUAUCAACUUUGAAAUUAAUAUUUACAUCAGAGUCAGUUAUAUAUAAACUAUAAAACCAUUCAUCCGUUAGGUUUGUUGCUAUACCAUCAACAGGCAUAAGCAUUUUAGAUGUAACACAACCUAACAACAAUUCAACAGGCUUUUCACUACCUACAUUACUUUCCUUAUUUAACACUUCAUUGACAGAUUUCAAUCUACACAUUCUCGAAUAAUGACCCCUUUUAUUGCAAUUAUAACAUGCAGCAUUGAUCGCAGGGCACUGUUGGUAAGAAUGUUUAUGUCCACAUUUGUGACACAUCUUAUCAAAAGAUUGACCAUACCUUGAAAAGCCUUCAUUGUGUGUGCCAUGUUCCGGAUGUAGCUUACUUGUUGAUGGCUUGUUGUACUGCUGAUGCGUGGCCCUUCCAUCUCGUGGACCCUUAAAGCUGUUAUUAGAGUGAGAAGGGUAUGCUGCUCGUCCCAUGGGUUUUCCUCUUGUCCUGUAAUUUGAAGUUCUCUUCUCACAGAUGUCUUCAUCUUCUGUACUUCUUUCUGACGACUUCAUACUUUUUUGAUUGCUACGAUACACUGUAUGUACUACCUCGAAAAUAUGAUUCUAAGCAUGCCAGAACAGAAUCAUAUUUUUUACUGUUUUCUUCAGAUAUAUCCAUGGUGAAGAAUAAAUCCUGCCCUUCUUCACCAAGCACGUGCAGCAAUGUAGCUAUUUUAAUACCGUCGUCUUUACCGUCACCACCUGUGGCUUUCAUAUAUAUUAAAAAUUUUUGCUUCCAGCGCUUCCAAUUGUUAGCCAGAUCUCCAUCAAAGGUGAAAGGUCCCGGUGGUUUCAGUCCCUCCAUUACGCGUGCGUUUUAGGGUAACACUUAACACAUCACAAAACCAAACUAUUCGUCAAUAUCUAUUACAGUCCAGUUACCAGAAUGCGACGGAGAUAUUCCGCAUCGUACACAUACCAGAAACAGUCCGCAGCGCCAUGUUAUGAUCUGGAUUAUAGUGGAUUAUGAACUGGAAAACAGUAACGACAAGUCUCUUGGGAGGCCAUAUUGCCAACUGCUUUAAUUCCGGAAGUGCAUAGAUACAUGCACUAAACACAUAGAUACAUAACAGUCAUCAGAUCUCUUUAAUGGUACUAGGAAGAAGUGUUGCGAAAUGCACAAAAGUGUUAAAUAAGAGAUCACUUAUUUAUUUUUUAAAGUUCUGAAACAACCACAUGAAACUUAAUCUAACCUCGAGGUCUGCAUUUAAGAAACAAGGACCCGGCAGAGACUGUCCUUCAGGCCUGUGUGGAAUGGUGACUCGUAACGGUCUCAGUGUUGGGAACACUUUAAGAUGUUAUUUACUAAGUUGGCACUGCUCUUAUAGAUGUGUGGUAAUGUCAGGACUCCAGCUAGUGUAUUACAGUUAAAUUAAACUAAACAGUCAAGCCCCGAGGUAAACUAAAGAGAAUAAUUAAAUUUGAUUUAGAUGAUUAAACUAUACUGUAAUGAGGAAGAUCAGUUGACAUAAAGAAGUUGAAGUCCUUGGAGUGCAGAUGGCUAUGCGAUGCGGCUUGUGCGAGAGUUCAACAUUGGACGGUGCACCCAUGCCACGUUAAACUGCCCAUUCAAAAAAUUUGUGCCAUGGACGUAUUAAAGUAAAUUAUUAUAAUGAUAUUGAAGCAUAAGAAUUAGGUUAUGAAUUUAUGUGUUGAGAUUGCUGUUCAAAGUUAUAAUUUCUUCAGCAAGUAACUUUCUCUGGUUAAUAUAAUUUUUUAAAAAUAAAUAUAUAGAAUUUUUGCAGGACCCUGAAAAAAACACAUAACUCUUGGGCAGGAAAAAAAGGUUUACAAUCUGAAUUGUUAGUUCAUAAAGGGAAUUAGACACUGACUCUUGCGUAAGUUAGUGGAAUUAGUGUUGAUUCAAAGAGCACAUGUUACCUGCAUAUCGCUGGCGGGAGGUUUGAAAAAUGGAGUUGGCGGAUGGAGAGAGAGAGGGUGAUGAAGGAUGUACAUGCGGCUCACAGGUGGGGCCUAGCCCCUGGUCGACGUCAUAGUGUUUUUUAAAAGGUUGAUCAUAUCUGAGCUGUUAGAAAAUGAAAGGGUUCAUUAUUACUGAAGUACUAGAUGGAAUCCAAUUGUAAACAUUGCUGGCAGGUAUGUUAGAGGGAAAGUGAUAAUUUUUCUUAACUUCUAUUACCAUUGGCCUCCAAAACUUAACUUAACCAUGGUUUAACAUUUUAGAUCCUACAUACAUUCAUAUAUUGCCUUUUAACAGUGGGAAGGAAAUAGUAAUAUUGAAACAAAAGUACACGCUGAAAAAAAUAAGAUAUUAUGAAAAUGUUUGAAUAUCUUAACUGUUAGUAUGGUUUUAUCAUACACUGGUCUAUAAAAUAACGUAGAAUGUUACUUAACUAACCAAAACUUAAAAUUUUGCUUCUUUACAAUUGUUCAGAAAAUCACCCUCAGGUGAUUAAAGAUAUUUUCUAUUGCACAAAUAUAAUUGUGAUCACACACCUAUUGUCUGGUAGAAAAAUUUUUCCAGAGUUUGAAAAUUUUGUGCAUAAUAAGUUUUAAAAACUUAGCUCUUGACCUUUAAAUACAUAAAAUUGGACCCUUUUAAUAAGUUUUGCUUGUUAAUAAAGUCUCAAUUUUUAAGUAUCCUGAGAAAAAUUUUUCGAGGAUUUACCUUCUCAGAAAGCGAUAGUUAUUAAUUAAUUAUUAUACAUGUACUAAUAUAUUAUUAUUAUUAAUUAAUUUGUUACUCUUGAAAUCACAAUUAUGUUAUAGUUUCCUUGAAACUAAAGCUGGAAAUAAUUGUCCAGUAAAAAUAACAUACAAUUUGUACCUUGCUGUUUCAAACUGUUUUUGAAUUUCAAUUACAUAACACUGAUUACUUAUUCAUUUCAAGGAAUUUCCAGCAGUUUUAUAGUGUAAUUUAUUACAAAAGAAAUGUGAAGUUGCUACAUGAAGUAAUUACUUAUGCAGGGAGGAAAGUUACUCUGCACUUAUCGUAAUGUGUUAAUGGCAUGUACAGUGCUUUGUUUUAUGUUGGUACUAGCCAUUAUUUGUCACAUAAGAAUUAUGAAAUCUGUAAUUUCUGGAAUCAGAAAUGGCCCAUCAAUAAAUCUUCUUUAAGAUCAAAUAUAUUUUGUACAUUUUUUGAAAAAUUCUUUUUAUUGCUUGAAUCUCCUAUAUUUUUGGCACAUUGCAAUGCUGUUGAUGCUUUUGUUCUUUUAUGUUUUAAAGUUCGCACAUUUUAGUGAUAGAAACAAUACAUUUAUGCCUGUGUUUUGUACUUAAGUGAAUGGGUAGUUAAUAUUUUUACAUCUACUUAUUUUUAACUUGUGCAUUCUACACACCUUUUUUCUUACACAUGUAGCUCAAAUAGCAUGAAUUAACACACAUUUUAUGGUUUCAUGCAUUUUCAACAUUUUUCAUAGUCCCUUAAUAUACUUAAUUUUGGGGUUGUCUCAAAUUUAUGUGAACUGAGAUAAAAUAUUUUGCCUUAUCUGUUCAUCUGAGAAUUAGCAGCAAAAUAUUGUCAUUAUUGUAGGUAUUUGUUGAAAAGUAUGUCUAAUUUUAGGUUGUUCAUAUUUAAUGCUGUUGACAUGUGUAAAGAGUUUUUUUAACUCUUUGCAAUUAAGAUGAAAAUGUUUGCAUUGCAGUGUGCUGAAAAUUAUUUUUAUGCUUAUAUAUAAUUCUAUAUUUAUCUUAAUAUGGGGGGAAAAUCUGAACUGAAAAAUAUUGUGAACAUUCUAUAUUCACAUGACAGUUUGAUACGUAUUUUGAUAUAAAAUCUCACUUACCUGAAAUGUAUCCCGAAAACUUACAUAGUCUUGUGUAAGCUGUGUGACAUAGUAGUUCUGAAACUUUUUUCUGUGAACUGACCAUCAGCUCUGAAUAUUCUGAAGUUUGAACGAGUUACAGAACAUGUUUGGCAAUAUCAAAUAAUUUAUUAGAUGUGUUUUGUCGCUUGAUAUAAAUUUGAAUGUGUUAAUUAAUGUCUCGAUAAAUGUCCUUCAGAUAGUAAAUGUAAAUUUUUUAUGUGAGCAGUUUAAUUUUUCACUGUCAGCUCUUGCUAUGCAGACUAAAAGACAUUAGGUAUGAUAUGUUAUUUAUGACUGUACCUGUUUUGUUUUUUUUUAAAAAUUGGUAUUGUUCGUAGUACCUGCUUCAUGUAUAAGUGUUUGUAUAGGUGCCAGAAGUAUUUUUGGCAGGCAGUGACUGUUUUAAGGAGAGUAAUUCUUAGUACCUACCUUACAUAUUCUGUGAUGUUCCUUUUUGUCUAUAUGAUACAUGUUAGAAAUGGGUUCGUAGUUACAACUCAACUCAGAGAGUGAAUUGCACAUAUUGUUGUCAAAUCCAUUAGAUGAGAUUAAAACUGUUACAGUAAUAACGUAAUAACUAAUGGGUGGCUAGCCAUUUGAAGAAUUAAAAACAUUCAUCUACUGCAUUUAGUUGUAAUUUUUCAAUCAUUUGUUGUUUUAUUUACCCCUGUCAUAAUUAAUCUUAUUCAUUUGUUAAACUCUUACUCUGAACUUUCUUUGGUGGUGGUAUCAAGCAUUGUCAUUACAGUAUUUCGCUCACUCUGUGAUUGAAGGUUGUGUUUAAAUGUAGAAUAUCUUUUGAAGUACAAGUAAGUACUUACAAUUUGGGUUGGUGUUAUAUUUAUAUUUGCUUUUUAUAGCUU